GUGUAGAGCCGGCCGUUCACGCGAUCUACUUAUUUUUAUCUACGCGGUUUCUGCCGCUUAAAUAGUUGCAUGUAUUUCACAUAAACGCUUCUGUACUAAACACAGUAUUGUGCAUUUUCAUCAUUUUCAAAUUCAGCUUCGUUCACUACUUGUUUCUCCUUAUUAGUCUUCAGUUGUUUCUCAAUUAGGAUCUAUCUCUCUCUCUCCCUCUCUCUUAAAUGGCUGAAAGAGUCUAUCCCGCCGAUUCACCUCCAGUUAGCGGUCAAUUCUCCGACAAUUUCAGCUCGGGCGAGUUUCCAAGAAAACCAGCAACCUACGUCAUCCAAGUCCCCAAGGAUCAGAUUUACCAUGUUCCUCCGCCGGAAAACGCACACCGCUUCCAACACCUUUCUAAGAAAAAAGUCCAUACAAGUCGCUGCAGGUGCUGCUUCUGCUCCGCCCUCGCCGCGAUUUUCAUCCUCAUCGUCCUCGCCGGAAUCUCCCUCGCGGUUGUCUACCUUGUCUUCCGUCCCCAAGCUCCCAAAUACUCCGUCGAAGGAUUCUCAGUCUCAGGCAUCAAUCUGUUGUCGCCGUCUCCGAGUUCACCCAAAUUUAAUGUCACCGUUAUGUCACGUAAUGGUAACGGAAAAUUCGGGAUCUACUAUGAGAAAGGAAGUACGGUGGAUGUUUUCUACGAAGAUGUGGAUCUCUGUAAAGGUGGAUUGCCAGUGUUUUAUCAGCCAGCUAAGAAUGUAACGGUGGUUAAGACGGUGUUGACGGGAUCGAAAAUCCAGUUAACUAGUGGUAUACGAAAAGAGAUGCGUGACCAUCUGAGCGAGAAAAUUUUGCCGUUUAAACUGAAGAUUAGAGCGCCUGUGAAGACUAAGAUUGGUUCUGUUAAGACGUGGACAAUAAACGUUAACAUUAACUGCUAUGUUACGGUUGAUAAAUUGACAGCACCAUCCAGAAUUGUGUCGAGCAAGUGUAGCCAUGACGUGGACCUUUGGUGAUUUAUAAAACAAAAACAGUACAGACUAGGAUUAAUUUAUGUAUUUUUAAAUAUUUUUGGUUAUUGAUUUGUGUAUUUUUGGAUUUUUUUUUUUAUGAAAUCCAUACACUGUGAAUUUGUGAUUGGAUGGCACGUAUUUGUGAAAUGAAGAAAAUUCCAAUUUGGAACUUAUUUGAUGAUACCUUUUGUU